UAUUGCCUCUAGUUGCUACGCACAGUUCGUACUGAAUCAUCAUAUCGUUGAUAUGACCAGUUUGACCUACUGCGCACUUAUUUAAAGUAGUGAUCGUGCGAAUUCAUACGUUUUCCGUAGUGAAUCUUAUAAACUAGUUUUGCUGACAGCUGCGAAUAGAAGAUACAUAGCUUGGUAGUUAUUAGUGGCAUGUCAACCGCGAGCUACGUCGUACUUGCAGACAGGCAAUUAUGGAUCGCUGGAUUGGUAAAACCGCAGUCGUUACCGGCGCUGCAUCCGGCAUCGGCGAAGCAAUUACAUGCGCUCUUCUGCGGUACGGAGUAAACGUGGCUGCUAUAGAUAUCAUGGGGGAAAAAUUGCACGAACUUAGAGCGAAAAAGGAACAGCAAAAACUUCCGGGCAUAUUAGAAAUUAUACGGUGCGAUGUAACUUUCGAAGCGGACAUCAACAAGGCAUUCGAACAAAUCGAGACAAAGAUGAAAGGCGUGGAUAUUAUGAUUAAUAAUGCUGCUUAUUGUGAAUAUUCGCGCGUAAUUGAUGGUGUAUGGAAAUCAUUUCAAUUAAUAUUAAAUACUAAUGUCACGGCAUAUGCUGCAUGUAUAAAUAAGGCAGUACAUUCCAUGCGCGACCGAAAUGUCGAGGGGCACAUUUUUAAUGUCAACAGUGUUCUGGGUCAUUGUAUUCCAGCAAAACCUUGUGAAGGAAAAACUGAUGCUGCAUUGGAUUUUAAUCUAUAUGUCGCUUCUAAGCACGCAACUGUUGCUUUAACUCAUACGGUACGACGUGAAAUAGCAGACAUUAAACCUUCUAUUCGAAUUACAAGCAUUAGUCCUGGUAUCGUAAAAACGAAUAUAGCUUCACAAUCAGAAAAAAAGCGUAAUAUUUUUGAAAAAAUACCAUUUAUUCUACCAGAAGACAUAGCGGAUGCGAUCAUUUAUGCUCUUGGAACACGACAGGAAGUUCAGAUUACAGAGCUUACUAUUCAACAUACUGGGGAAUUACCAUGAAAAAUAUGUUUAGUAACAUGCUCAUCUUAGUAUACAUCACUUUACAAGAAACUUAUAUACUAUAAAGUAAGAAACUUGGUCCGCGUGAACUAAGCUUAUAUGUUGCUUUGCAUUUUUUGCAUGGAUAUAAAAUUUGGUAUGUUAUUUUGUGUGUGUAUAUAUAUAUGUAUGUGUGUGCACGCGUGUGCUUGUAAUAUUUUAUAUACUUUGCCUCUAAUAUACAUUUUGCUGAUAUCAUUUUUUAUAGUAUACACACAUAUACACGUAUAUUUACCUCAGGUUGCAAUUAAAUUUAUUGCGAAAAGAAGUAAUCUAAUAAAAAAAUUAUAAAAA